AAGUUUUCCAGUUUCUAUAAAUUCCCCUUCUCCCCUACUCACUUUUCCUCACAUUUCCUCUUCUUUCCAACCUUUACUCUCUUCUUUUCCCAAGCUCCAAUCUUUAGGAAAAUGGCUCUUGUUGGGUUUUUCUUGGUGGGUUUUCUGGCAAUGGUGUCCUCUGUCAGCUGCUACGGUGGCGGUGGCGGUGGGUGGGUUGGUGCUCAUGCUACCUUCUACGGCGGUGGUGAUGCUUCAGGCACAAUGGGUGGGGCUUGUGGUUAUGGUAACCUGUAUAGCCAGGGGUAUGGAACAAACACUGCAGCUUUGAGCACAGCCAUGUUCAACAGUGGGCUGAGUUGUGGAUCUUGCUAUGAAAUUAAGUGCGUUGGUGACCCAAAAUGGUGCUUGCCUGGCUCCAUUGUGGUCACAGCCACCAAUUUUUGCCCUCCAAACAAUGCCUUACCUAAUAAUGCAGGAGGCUGGUGUAACCCUCCCAUGCACCAUUUUGACCUCUCUCAGCCUGUAUUCCAGCACAUUGCUCAAUACAGAGCUGGAAUUGUCCCUGUUUCCUACAGAAGGGUGGCCUGCAGGAGAAGGGGAGGCAUAAGGUUCACAAUCAACGGUCAUUCCUACUUCAACUUAGUGUUGAUCACCAACGUGGGUGGUGCGGGUGACGUUCAUUCUGUAGCAGUCAAAGGGUCGAGAACUGGCUGGCAAGCAAUGUCAAGGAACUGGGGGCAAAAUUGGCAGAGCAACGCUUAUCUUAAUGGCCAAAGCCUUUCAUUUAAGGUCACUACCAGCGACGGCCGUAGUGUGGUGUCCUCUAAUGUUGCUCCUGCUAGAUGGUCCUUUGGCCAAACUUUCUCCGGUGCCCAGUUCCGCUAAAUUACCUUCCUGCCCUUAAAAUCAAAGGCAGUACAAGUAGUUUAGGGCUUUUUUACUUAAAUACUACUAUAACAGUAUUAUCAAAAGAAGUAGUAGUAGGGUAUAUAUACUGUGUGUCUAAAAAGUCAGUAAAAAUGAGUAUUAGGGCUUAUUUUAAAUAGCCCUUAUUCUCAUAAGUGUGACUUUUUGGUGUUUUCGGUAAUUUUUGCUUCUGCUUGUUAUUGGAAAAGGGCAGAAGAUGGCAGAGGUGGACUCUAACCACCCGCCACUAGUAUUUGAAGAGUAGUGGUUGCUUCUCUUUUUGCAUUUUACGGUUAAUGUAAUCAACUUUGGCUGAUUAUUACUAUGCCCUUAGUUGUUAUGUUUGAAGUCUAUUAUCUUGAGUGUAAAUCUCUAAUUUUCUAGUAUUAAUGAAAAUUAAGUGAUGGUUAGUAUUUA